UGUGUGUGUGUGUGUGUGUUGGAGUGUGUGUUUUCGUCUUGCCUGCCUCUCUCCUCGGUUUCCAAGCCCCGCUCCGCUCUCAGCUCUCUCCAUCACCUGUGCGCCGCGGGGGAGGAGGAACCGGGAGUACAGAGAUGUGGAUUUAGCUCGUGACACCGUCGCCGUGGUGGGGACGGGUGACCGUCCUCCUGUUCAGCCUCGCCACUCGUCGCCACGAUGCAUUCACGACUGUGGAGAGCCGUGCUGGGCAUGACCCUACUCUACCAGCUCGGGAUGGCGGGCAAAUACGGCUGUCUGUUCGAGAAGACGCUGUGCUCCAAAGAACACUUCUGCUCUGAUGACAGGCUAUUCGGCCAGUGUCGGAGCUCCAGACAGGAUCAGGUUCAGUACCAGGUGUCUGUGCCUGUUCUCCAGAGACUGCAGGAAGUACUUAAAGAGUUGAUGAUGCAAGGAUUCUCCUGGCAGGAUGACAUCACCCAGUCCAUUAUAGCGAAGGAGCUGAGCCGUGUUCCUCACUCUCGGGCUCAAACGCCUCAGCCAGGACCGUCUGCACAACAUUCUCCUAAGAAGGCAUAUUCCAAUUCGAAGACGGAGCCCAGAACUCCCCAGAGCUAUAUGGAUUACGUUAUUUUAGAUCCUCAUCAGUCCCCAUCUCUACAUAUGCAAGCAGUACCACUGGACCCAUAUGCCUACUUACAGGAGGAUAUCUCACACUCCCUAAAUUCACAUGCCGGCGUGGGCUACCAGCGCCCCUCCUCGCGCUCCGGCUCACAGCAGCAGCAGCAGCGAGACAGAGAUCGGCAGCUGCUGGAGAAAGCUGUCUCCCACUACCUCUCCGCACAGCACUCGUUUCUCCAUCGGGGGGCAGCAGGCCUCCCUGCCUCCUCGUAUUAUGAAGACUUGGACUUCCCGCUGGAUUAUGGAGAGGACUACACCCUGCAGGAGCGACCCAGCUCACGCCAGCGCACCAACAAAAAGGUUCCACAGGACUACAGCUCUCUGUCCGGGCUGGACGAUGACACAAUGGUGCGGCUGGCCGCGGUGUUGGAGAGGAUGGGGAUGGAUCCACAAGCCCUGAGCCCUCAGCAGUUAAAACGAUUCGCUCUACUACUGCAGCUUCUGCAGUCAGAUGUGACAGAGAACACAGAAAAAGAGCCGGGAAAAGUCACAGUGAAAGAGACGAUUGUAGCAGGCAGUGACACAGUGUCACAGAAAGGUGCCAAACCUCCGUCUCAUGCUGGGGCUGCUGUACCCUCUACUGCCGGGCCCCAGCUGGCCCCUACCCUGGUCUCCACCUCAGCAGCUUCGGUGACUGUGCCUCAGGGCCCCAUCGUUCCAGUAAAGGACAUGGAGCUGAAUGAGAAGAGUUCUCCAGACCUGAAAACAGGAGGCAAGGAUGGGAGCAACGUCAGAGAGGAGUAUGGCUACAUCGUUACAAACCAGAGCCCUUUGAGCCUGUAUGACGGGGUGAAGCUCUUAGAGACACUGGCGGAAAGGAUACACCUCACGACAAGCAGCUUCAUCAACAUCAGUGUGGUAGGGCCUGCGUUGACGUUCAGGAUCAGACAGAACUCUCUGAACCUCAGCGCUGAGGACGUGGCCAAUAAAGCGGUGGCUGAGAAGAAUUUUUUGGAAGGAGAGACGGGCCUGAAGAUCAUUCAGACAGGAGUGGGAGAGAGGAGCGAGGGGCUUCCUCAGGCCACACGGAUCGGAGAUGGCUCACGUGGGGUCGUCCUGACCAUGGUUGCCAUGGCCUGCGUGGGCGCAGUGGUGUUGGUUGCUCUAACAAUUGCCUGUUUACGUCACCAUGCCCGUCAACUCGCCUCGGGCAAGCUGGGACUGGGCCCUGAGGCUGGAGCAGAGACACACUUUGACUACCAGGAGCUCUGUCGGCAGCACAUGGCAGCAAAGUCAUCGUUUAGUCGCCCAGAACCCGGCGGUCGGAGAGGCACAGACACUUCCCGAGUGAGCAGUGUGUCGUCUCAGUUCAGCGACGGGCCACAGCACAGCCCCAGCUCGCACAGCAGCACGCCUUCCUGGAGUGAAGAGCCUGCCCAGUCCAACAUGGAUAUCUCUACUGGCCAUAUGAUACUGGCCUACAUGGAGGACCAUCUGAAGAAUAAGGACCGUUUGCAGAAGGAGUGGGAGGCUCUGUGCUCGUACCAGGCUGAACCCAGCUCUGUCUCCAUCGCCCAGAACGAGAGAAACCUGGAGAAGAAUCGCUAUCCUGAUUUUGUACCAUAUGAUCACUCCCGGGUGAAGCUGAAGCCUGAAGUCAACCCCAACAGAGAGGACUACAUCAAUGCCAGCAUUAUAAUAGACCAUGACCCUCGCAUGCCUGCUUACAUCGCAACCCAAGGCCCCCUGCCACACACCAUUGCUGACUUCUGGCAGAUGGUGUGGGAGAACGGCUGCACAGUGAUAGUGAUGAUGACCGCUCUGCUAGAGGAUGGAGAACAGCAGUGUGAACGCUACUGGCCUGAUGAAGGAUCGUCACUAUACAACAUCUAUGAGGUGAACCUAGUGUCAGAGCACAUCUGGUGUAAGGACUUCCUGGUGCGAAGUUUCUACCUGAAGAACGUGCAGACGCAAGAGACACGCACACUGACCCAGUUCCACCUGCUCAGCUGGCCUGCACAGGGCAUCCCCACCUCCACACGCCCCCUGCUGGACUUCCGCAGGAAAGUGAACAAGUGCUACCGCGGCCGCUCCUGCCCAAUCAUUGUGCACUGCAGUGAAGGCACCGGAAGAACUGGCACCUACAUUCUUAUUGACAUGGUCUUGAAUCGCAUGGCGAAAGGUGUGAAAGAGAUUGACAUUGCUGCAACACUGGAACACAUUCGUGACCAGAGGCAGAGCAUGGUGCGCACAAAGGACCAGUUUGAAUUUGCUCUCACAGCUGUGGCAGAAGAAGUGAAUGCCAUUCUGAAGGCCCUCCCACAGUGAGCCAUUGUGUGGUGUGCCAGUUAUGCCAAUAUGCAUCCUUCCCUCCCUUCAAACACAGACACACUCACGUACACUCAUAUAAGCUAAUACAUGGACUAUACCAUGCUCAAGAAAUUUUCUAAUGCAUUUUAAACCAUGGCCUUAUUCGUGGAAGAAAGGGGGGAGGCUCCUUAAAUUAUGUGAUCAUUAUUUAUCAUCACUGUGUGCUGGGUACAACGGGGAGGGCUUUUACAGUGAGUCAAUCCUAACCAGGGAGACGGCCAUAUGAAAAAAAAAAACUUGUCACAUAAAGCUUCAGGUACUGACACAAAUGGACCUAAUUUCAGUGUGGCCAGUUUUAGCACAUCUCUUUUUCCUGCCAGUGGAUGAAGCCUAUUGAGAAUCUUAAUUCUGCUGAGGUCAAAAGGAUUUCAUCCACAUUUUUAUGUCCUUUUCAGUCUGACAUAGUGGCUGCAUAUGUGUAUGCACAAUGCCGUUGAUUGAACAGAGCAGAAGACUCUUUUUGAAGGAAUGUAUUGAUUGAUUAGUGUAUCACAACACAAUGUGUAAAACCCAUCACUCAAUGUGCUUGCAUUUCCUCAUGCUCUUUAUGACUUGUGGGAACUUUCUGUUGUGUGAUAAAUGUAAAUAAUUCAUGAGAAAGUCUUUUUUGUUGAUUCCUGUAGCAAAUGUGUUGAAAAUUAUACAAAAAAAGAGAAAUAUAUGACUAUAAUUUUUCAAAUGUUCUGAAUUAAAUGUGGUGUGGUGCAGCA